AUGGAGCUCAUUUGCCGAAAACUGAGACUGGUGGCGGCGUCAACGCUUUACCUGAAGCCCACCAGGCUUCACUGGAGACAGCCAACCUCAAUUUGGCGACAGCCGCGGCGAUGGAAUACUGCAGUAGCCACCGCGUCCCCUCUGGAAACGCCAACUAUCCAGCUCCGCGAGUAUCAAGAAGAAUGCAUUCAAUCAGUUUUGAGCCACAUUGGCGAAGGCCAUAAGCGCUUGGGGGUCUCCCUAGCCACGGGCUCCGGGAAAACGGUCAUAUUUACUCAACUUAUAGGAAGGGUACCUCCGCAAAAGACACUGGGAGAUAAGACACUAAUCAUCGUUCAUCGCCGAGAACUGGCUGAUCAAGCAUACCGGCAUUGCCGUCUCGCAUAUCCCGACAACACGGUUGAGAUCGAAAUGGGAAGCCGCGUCGCCUCGGGGCACGGUGAUAUUAUUAUUGCUUCUGUGAGGAGCCUCACAUCAGGGCAUCGGCUCGAAAAGUUUGAUCCUCGGCACUACAAGCUGGUUUUGGUGGACGAGGCGCAUCAUAUUGUCGCCCCAACGUACCGUACGGUCCUUGCACAUUUCGGACUGUGCGAAAAAUCACCCGAUUCCCCAGUCUUGGUUGGCGUGUCGGCCACAUUUUCAAGAUAUGAUUAA